CACACUGAUCCAACACACAUUUCACCGGCGGACAGUAGCUCGACUUCUCCCUGCGUACGUAUCUUCUUCUAUAUAUACCCAAGAACCCAGCCACAUCACACCACGUCGUCACACGCAAACCACACGAUCUCUUAGCUCGAGUAGCCGCCGUCGGCGUCGCACGCACGCAAGUGAACCACACAAAAUUCGGUCGCGAUCGAUCGGCAAGCUAGCUAGUAGUUAGCAGGUUGUGCCAUGGCAGCUCGGCGUAGUGGUGCGGUGGUGGCAGCGUUGAUGGUGGUGGCGGCGGCGCUGGUCGGGCUCGCUGGCGCCGACUUCGCGGCGGACAGGGCGGAGUGCGCGGACAAGCUGAUGGGGCUGGCGACGUGCCUGACGUACGUGCAGCUGGCGGCGACGGCGCGGUCGCCCACGCCGGACUGCUGCUCCGGGUUCCGGCAGGUGCUGGCCGCAAGCAAGAAGUGCCUGUGCGUGCUGGUCAAGGACCGCGACGAGCCCACCCUGGGGAUCAAGUUCAACGUCACCCGCGCCAUGAACCUCCCCUCCGCCUGCAACAUCCCCGCCACCUUCUCCGACUGCCCCAAGAUCCUCAACAUGUCGCCGGACUCCAAGGAGGCCGAGAUCUUCAAGCAGUACGGGAUCGAGCACGAGGGCAAGAACGCCACCGCCGGCGGCGCCGCCACCGGUACCUCCGGCGCGAAGAGCGCCGACGCGGCGGCCGGUGCAGGGAGGCACGCGGUGGUCUUCGCCGUCGUCGUCUCGGCGCUGCUCGCCUCCCUCUUUGUUCUCGCGUGAUGAUAGGCUGCAGUGGCAGCAGGGAGGGAGAUCAGAAGUCGGGACACCCGGCGGUGUCCGUAUGAUUGGGCUGGACUGGGCUGUGCAAUUUUCAGCCUGGGCCUUAAGUUUGGUCAAGCAGAGGGCCCAUUGAUUGCUGUGUAGUGAGCGAGUGAGUGAGUGAAUUCUAAGAGAAGGAAAAGUGUACUGUAGUGAGUGAGUUGCUUGCCUCUCCGGUUCCUGUUUAGUCCCUUUCUUGUUCUCUUUUAUUUUUCCGAAUAGUGAGUUGACCGUCGGAUCAGUUGAUGUUGGAAGCUUACAAUUGUCCUACCGAAAUUUCUCUUCCUUUUCCUUCCAUUUUCUGGAGCAAGAGUGUGUGUAAUUAAUAUGGGUACUUCAUAUAUUUUUAAAUGACAUGUGUAUUUUACA